AUGCAGCCCAAGGUUCUAGUGCCUUCUAAUAACAACGAAGAUGGUGAAACUAGCGACGCACACAAGGACGAGGAGUGGCAGAAGCUGAUUGUUCGCUGUCAGAAGAAGGACGAGUACAUCGCCGAUUUGGAGAAGCAUCUGGUGUUUUACAAGUCCAAGGCCAAGCAGAUGCAGGCCCAACUACAGCAGCUUAUCCGGUCCUCAAGUGAACAGCAACGGCGGACUGAUGACGGAUCUUCCGACGUUGAACGAGAGCGACAACUGGAGCGUCGGAUUCAGCAACUGGAGGACGCCAAUGACAGUUUAAUGAAGGAUCUGGCCACUGCCAAAGUCUAUCUUCGAGCUUCUCAGAGUCGAGGCAGCGUCGUCAGAACCAGUGGAGAGCGAAAUGGAGCGAAAGUAGUUCGGAUCUCCAGAAGUGAGCUUCGAGAGCUUCCAGCCCCACCAGCUCCACCCUUGCACGCCUCAGAUCUACGCAAAGAGUGA